CCUCCUUAAGUGACUCAGCCUCUGAAGGAGAAACCUCUUGACUUUUCAGACAGCUGGAUGGGGAACGGCAGGUCAGGGCUCUGCUGUCUGCUUUGAUUGUACCUCACUUCCAGGUGUCUCCAGGUUGACUUACCACACUGAGCCACGCCAGGACACUAACUUCUACGCUACCUAGAUUCCCCACAGAAGGACACCCCAGGGAACACAAUGUCAGCUUUCAGCAUACGAAAACAGUCUCCUAGUCAAAGCGAUAAUAAGAGCCCUUCUGUUGCAAUUAAAAGCAGACAACAGGCUAAUCAUGAUAUUAAUAAACGACGGACCCUUCUGCAAGAUAACAGCUGGAUAAAGAAGAGGCCUGAAGAGGAAAGUGCUGAUGAAAACUAUGGAAGGGCUGUGCUUAAUCAAUACAAAUCCCAAGAUAGCCUACACAGUAGCACAAAUGAAAAGGAAGAUCAGAAAGCUGCUCUUGGACGAUACCGGUCUGAUACUACCUUGGACAGAAUUCCAGCCAGAAGUGACACUGAAAAAAUAAAUAAGUCUCCAACUCUGAAUAACAAGCAAAACAACAGACAAUCCUGGACUCCUAACGCACCAUCCACAAACACUGCUGUGACUUCUCCAAUCAAGAAAAAAAGGCAAUCUUGGAUGCCUCCCGCGGUUUCGAGUAGUAAGACCACAACAGAAACAGUGGAAACCAAACAGACCACUUCAGAAAAUUCAGAGGCUCCAACGACGGCUGCUGUUUCGUCAGAACAGGUGACUCCACAGAAAUCAAAGGCUGACGUGGAUGAUCAAGCUACAACAAGGGACCAAGAUCUCGAUAACGUCAUCAAAGUGAACUCAAGUUCUUUCACAAGUGACAAGGAAGGAAAAGACCUUGAGGAUUUUACUGAAAUAAAUGCUGCUGGUCAGAAAAAUAAGAGAGAUCAGGACCUUGGCGGUCACACUGAAGUCAAGUCUGCUGAUGAUCAAAAUAAAAAGCGGACAACCAAGCAAGCAUAUGAAAAUCCUCCAAGGGCUCCAAAUAAUCUCCCAGAGAUAAAGUACUCCAGUGACAGUCAAAGAAAGACCAGCAAAUCGUCAUAUGGUGCCUAUGAAGAAAAUAUAACUGGAAAUACCAUCAAAACUGUUUACUCUACUUCUGAUCGGAGUAUAAUUGGAAAAGAUAUAUGUACAUACUGCAGGAAGCCCUUGGGCAUAGAUGCCAAAAUGAUCCUAGAUGCCUUGCAAAUUUGCUGUCAUUCGACUUGCUUCAAGUGUGAAGUAUGCAAAAGACCACUGGAAGAUCUGAAAGCAGGAGACAGCAUUUGGAUUUACAGACAAACCGUGCAUUGUGAGCCUUGCUAUUCCAAAAUUAAAGAAAAAUGGAUCUACUAAUUUUGACAUACAGAAAGUGUGAAAAUGAAGUUCCACUAGUGUUUAGUUAAAUGUAUUGGCUUGUCAAUUCAAACCAUUUUGGAAAAUGAUUAAUUUUUAUUGCUACGAACAACUACUCUAAAUGCAGUCCUACUGAAUGGUUCCCAAAGGAAUUAAUUCCGUGAGAUUUUAGGUGCCUUUUCAUACACACAUUCCAGGAAGCAAAACAAGAUAUUGUUCAGUUUAUUCAUCAGAUCUGUGAAACUGCUAAACUGUAUGUAAAACUAAUGAUAAUUUAUUGAAAUUUUCUGAACAGCAGCACAUACUUACGCGUAUGUUUUGAAGAGGCUGUAUUCUCUUUAUUGAAAUCACGUCUCCUCAGACAUAAAGAUCUGUUAUCUUUAUAUAGCAUGAAUGAGAUUAAUCUCAUCAAAGAUUAGUCACUUCAAAGACAGUUAUUCAGUGAAAACUACUGUUUUCAUAUAGAGUGAGGUGGGUUCACUCUGUACCUUCGAGGAGAGACGUCAAUCUCCAGAAGAACAUUCUUUCCACGUAACUUAAAUGAUAGCUCUAAGAUGGAACAAAUCAUCUUUGGAAAAUGCAUCUUUAUGACUGCAGAAGGGAUUCUAAACAAAAAUUGUUAUAGGGUUUAAAUUAGAAAUAUCCCACUCCGUGUUUGUAAUUCUGGUAACUAUUUUAUUAGCAUUUUUUUAAGAAGUCCACACUUAAUAGUUGCCACGAAAUCACGAACUACAUACUUUGCAUGACAUUAUGUUGUUGUAUUUAUCUUUCCUACUUUAUUAAGCUGACUAUCUAAACACCUUGUAUGGAUUCAUCUUGCCUAAAUUUAAACAUCUACAGUGUACUUUUAAGUUACUUAUCUAUUCUGUCUUUACAGUCAUACAAAUAAGUAGGUAGUUUUUAGGAAGUGAUUCAAUUGGUCAGAUUGCAAACACCUAUUCUACCGUGAGGUUAACCAUGCUCUGAACGUACGUCUUACUCUCCAUAGUUUGCAAAGGAACCUGGAGCAAAUAGUUCAGAUUUCUAGACAUCUACAUUAGGCCAGAUAAAAUCCUUCCUUUGUGACUACAGUGAAAGCAUUUUUUUUUCCCUUUUGGACAGUGUAUGUGUAUUAAAGUCCAGAAACUGAAAGAAGAGUCCGUGUUUUGUUAUAAUACAUUUCCACAACACUCAAUAUUAGCUGCCUUAUUUGCCUAAAAUAAUAAAAAUAACAAAUAGUUCAGUGGUUUACGGGGCAAACAAAGAUGUUGACAUGUUGACUACUAGAUGUUUUAGAUCUUAGUCAUUCAGAAAUGAUUUUUCUCUCUUACCUCUCAGCUGAAAAGGACUUCUUGGAUAUGAUCAUGACAGAGUUAGAGCUCUCAGAGGCUGCUGGACCUGAGCAAGAGCUUAGAAGGGUGAAAAGUGCCAAAGCCAUAGAUUGGUAUUAGGCUGUUGAACGGCUGUCCCAGCCAGACUUUAUCUCCUCGUCUGCACAUUCAGUAGUGGAGACAGGAUGUAUGGGUGUCUGCAUAAUUUAAACCAUUGGGCCUGCAGCUGAACCAUGAUGUAAUCUGUCUUGCCUGGCUUAAAGAAUGUUCAGACUGAUAUGUAAAGGAGCCAUGAAACAGUAGAUAGUUUGCUUUGUUAUUUUUAGGAAAAUUUGUUAUUAAUUAGUGGCAGUAGCUUUAAUAAACCUGUUAUUAUACGUA